UUUCAGGCAACUGUACUCACUACUCAAAAGGAUAUGGAAAAACAAGCGGUCCUAGGCAGAGCUUGUGCCUUCCUAUCAUCUCUCCCCUGAUUUUUCACAAACCAAAAGCGCCCAAAAGCCCUAAGAAGCCGCUGCGAACCGUCUGAUCUGCUAAGCUACCUUAACUUUCCGAUCUCUAAUCCUGAAGAAAUUCGACUCGAACGGAUCACGUGCGUAUCCCCUUCGUAUCCAGGCCGUCUCCAAUGCCAUUGACUCAGUAACUGGCGAACCAUACACCCUAGGAUUGCCCCACACGCGAUUUCUCAUCAGAGCUUCAGCAACAUGCACCAAUCUUGGAACCCUUCUCCAGUUUCUUUGGAUUUUAGUAGUGGUAUGAAGUGUGUGAUAGUACAAUGGCAAAAGCUGCAUUGAUUGUAUGAUUGCGAGCAACCAACAUAGCUAGAUACUAUAUCUUCAUCCAAGUGCUUCAAUAUGAAUGCUGUUGGAUGCUCUCUAACUUCUGGUGGCGUUGGUAUGUCCUGUGAGCCUAAUAACUUCAAGUCCUACAAUUCAUCAUUUACAAGGCAUUCCCAAUUGUAUUCUAAGGCACCCUUCUCAGCCAUUAGGAGCUCACAGGGGGUUCAUCUCAAUCUAACAUCUUGCUUCUCCCAAGGAACAAGGUUUCCGAGUCUUUCUUCUGCAUCAUCGCGUCAUUUAUGUGGGGAAUAUCGUGGCUUUUCAGAUCAUUUUCGAAAAUCUCCAAAGCAAAGUAGGUUUUCCUUUUGCACUAGAGCAUCAGCUAAGGAUGUCCCCAAAAGUUUCCGAUACCCACCCAUGACAAAGAAGCCAAUGUGGUGGUGGAGAUCCUUAGCGUGCCUCCCCUAUCUAAUGCCCCUCCACGAAACGUGGAUGUAUGCCGAGACCGCAUACCAUCUUCACCACUUCUUGGAGAAACUCGAAUUCUUGACAUAUCCCUUUCUGCGGGCCAUAGGGAGGUUGCCAGGCUGGUUCCUCAUGGCCUACUUCUUUGUUGCUUACCUCGGGAUUGUUAGGAGAAAGGAGUGGCCCCACUUUUUCCGGUUUCAUAUGGUGAUGGGCAUGCUCUUGGAGAUUGCCUUACAGGUUAUAGGAACUGUGAGCCGUUGGAUGCCACAAGCCGUUUAUUGGGGGAAGUUUGGGAUGCAUUUCUGGGCUGCUGUUGCGUUUGCUUAUCUCUUCACAGUUUUGGAGUGCAUCAAGUGUGCGCUUUUCGGAACAUAUGCUGAUGUUCCGUUUGUUUGUGAUGCAGCUUAUAUUCAGAUUCCUUAUGAUUGAUUGGUUGGUUGAUUACUCUCGGGCAUUAAAGCUUCCUUCGUUGGAGAUGGUAGAUUUGUCUAUUUGGAUACUAAUAUGAUGACUUAUUUGCAUUGAACAAUAUUGAUGGAUUGCUUUUAUGUAGAUGGACAAAACUACUUAACAAGGCUUCAUAUAAUUCCCUACAGGUCUUAGAUGCAAAGUCAAACAAGUUUAUCCAGCACUAAGAUGCAUGGGACUCACUUAUAUAAGUAUAUAUUGUGCUUGUUGGGUCAAAAUUCAUGUUUCUGGAGUAAUCAAAUGAGUAUCUUUUUGAAUUGGAGCUAGGAUAUGCAGUCCAAACACUUCUCCCAAAAGAGUACUUUUAAAUGUUCUCCACUAGUUAAACCGUCUGAUCCUAGGGGUCUUCAUGAAUGGUUGCAUUUCUUCUUCAACAUAUGAAUACAUGACAGCAGUGUAUAGCACAAUGUGUACACCUGGUUUGUUUCCAAGUGUUGCGUUUUUUGUUUUGGUAUUGUUGGGUUUCAGACUUUACUUCGGAUGGCUAAAGUUCAGUUGUUACGUUGAUUGUUUAUUAGAAGAAAACUUAUAUUGUUGGGUUUCAGACUUUCAGCCCGACCCGUAACGUGGACCGGCCGGGGCUUAAUUGUUUAUUAGAAAAAAAUUGUUUCACUUGUUGGGG